AUGUCGACCACAAACCCACCCCAGCUCUUCCUCCUCGCAGACCACAUCAAGCUCUCCCUCCUCGAGCGCCAGCGCGCAAUCUCCCUCAACCUCUCUCCCAACUCGCAAGACGCCCAGAUAUCGCGCUCACUAGAACAACUCCGCUCCGGCAUCGAGUCCCUCGAGUCGCAACUCAAUAACAUCCCAACUCCCCCGCCUCCGCACCCAACUCACAGACCUAACCUCCCAAUUCCGCCCCUCCGCCGAAACACCCACCUCCCCACCCUCACAACGCCAAACGACCCCUCCCUCUCCUCCGACUUCCAAGCCGCACAGUCCAAGAAACCCCGCCAGGUUUCAAAAUCCGUGCGCUUCAGAGACGACGACGCAGAGGAAGAUGCAAACCGCGCAUCGCUCUUCCCCUACCGCGAUGACCCGUCCGAUGCGCCGCCCGACCAGGCUGAGCUGUCGAACCACCAGAUCCACGAGUACCACAGCCGCGUGAUCAGCGAGCAGGACGAUCAGCUGGACCAGCUGGGCGCGAGUAUCGGGCGGCAGCGGGAGUUGAGCAUGCAGAUUGGGGAUGAGCUAGAUGGGCAGGUUGUGCUGCUGGACGACGUCGAAGAGGGGGUUGAUCGGCAUGCGGGGCAGUUCCGGCGGGCGCGCGGACGGCUGGAUAGGUUUAGUAGGAAGGCGAAGGAGAAUUGGAGUUUGACUGUUAUUGUGGUGCUGAUCGUUGUGUUGGUGUUGUUGAUUGUUAUUACGAAAUAA